AUGAUACGGAAACGGCACAUGCACCUGACGGAGGAGUUCCUGAAGGAGAAUCCGGACAUGUGCGCCUACAUGGCUCCUUCUCUUGAUGUGAGGCAGGACAUCGUGGUGGUCGAGGUCCCUAAGCUAGGGAAAGAGGCGGCAGUGAAGGCCAUCAAGGAGUGGGGUCAGCCCAAGUCCAAGAUCACCCACGUCGUCUUCUGCACUACAUCCGGAGUUGACAUGCCUGGUGCUGACUACCAGCUCACCAAGCUCCUCGGUCUUCGCCCUUCCGUCAAGCGUCUCAUGAUGUACCAGCAAGGUUGCUACGCCGGCGGCACUGUCCUCCGACUCGCCAAGGACCUCGCUGAGAAUAACCGUGGUGCUCGUGUCCUUGUCGUCUGCUCCGAGAUCACAGCCGUCACCUUCCGUGGCCCCUCUGACACACACCUCGACUCCCUCGUUGGUCAGGCUCUCUUCAGUGACGGUGCUGCCGCGCUCAUUGUUGGUGCGGACCCUGAUGCCUCCGUGGGAGAGAAGCCUAUCUUCGAGAUGGUGUCUGCUGCACAGACCAUCCUCCCAGACUCGGACGGAGCCAUAGAUGGACACUUGAGGGAAGUUGGGCUCACCUUCCAUCUCCUCAAGGACGUCCCUGGGCUCAUCUCGAAGAACAUAGAGAAGAGUCUAGAAGAAGCGUUUAAACCGCUCGGGAUAAGUGACUGGAACUCUCUCUUUUGGAUAGCUCACCCUGGAGGUCCUGCGAUCCUGGACCAGGUUGAGUUAAAGCUAGGACUCAAGGAAGAGAAGAUGAGGGCCACGCGUCACGUGCUGAGCGAGUACGGAAACAUGUCGAGCGCGUGCGUUCUCUUCAUUAUGGACGAGAUGAGGAGGAAGUCCAAGGAGGAUGGUGUGGCCACGACAGGAGAAGGGUUGGAGUGGGGUGUCUUGUUUGGUUUCGGACCAGGUCUCACCGUAGAGACAGUCGUCUUGCACAGCGUCCCUGUUUGA